AUGUCCUCAACUCAUACCAUGGACUUGUCCAUAUUGGCCAAGACGGCUGCCUUUGCCGCCAUCAUCUACUAUCAAUAUAUCCGCACCGGGCGAUGCAUGAUACUUUUGCAGCAGGUCCUGCUUCUUCUCAGCGGCUGGUUUGCCUCCAUUAUUAUUCUUGUACAUGAGCCUGAGAAUGCACUCGAAAAACAGGCCGCCGUAUCCUUCUUUGCCAGCUGCGUCGUGCUGUCCGUAUGCUUCGCCAUGGUGUUGGACUUGGACACCUCUUGGUCUGAUAUUGGCAAACAAUUGAUAUUCUUUUGGGCCACGACAACCCUCAUCGCACUGAUCCCGCUGUACAGAGACCAGGGAAUCCAUGCUAGCCACAUCUUGUUUCUGUGCAAGACGCCCUUCAUCAUAGCGUCCUUCUUCAUCCGCUUACCUGUCGACGGAGCUGGCCCAUUAACCGACGCUACAAGAAAAUGGGCCAAGGAGAUUUGGUACAACAUGCAUAAUACUUCCUCGGAGGACCUGUUUCUGCGGUUAAGCCAAGACGACGUGUUUGGAUAUAACGCCACGGCGCUGGAGCUGGAGUAA